UACUCGGAUUUAAGCUUUUCAGUUCAAUCUUCACCGUGAACUACAAUUCCAGCCAUUUUAAGGGUGUUGGUGCUGCCUUGCAAGUUCAACACUUUUGCUCAUGAUUCGAACUCAGGCACCCAUCCUUUUGAACUCGAACGUGCCACCCCAAAUUAUGAGUAAGUGGGCUUGUUCUAAAAUUAAAAAAACCCAAUAACAGAAAGCAAGUGGGCUUUAACGGACCGUUUGUUUAUGGAGGUCCACUUAUGUUGCUGAAAAAGGGUUGGUAGUCCGCAGCCAGUCAUCGUUUUGUAAUUUGAGUAGGAAAUGAUUGUCAUUUUGCAUUUACUCAGAUCGAUUGCGGUUCUUGAAAAUGGCGUAAAUCCUAUUCGUCAAUGCCCUUUACUCUAUAAAACCCCACACGUCUCAUGUAUUUCAAAUCAUAACGGUAAUUUAUAUUUGUUUCUUUCUUGAAUGAUGUUGAAACCCAAAUAAAAAUUGAUGGGUGUGGGAGCCAAAUUCUGGGAAUUGCUAAAACCCUACGCCAGAAGGGAAGGUUUCGAUUUCUUGAGAGACAAACGGGUUGCAGUGGAUCUCUCUUACUGGAUUGUACAACACGAGACCGCUAUUAAAAAUCAUGCUCGUAAACCCCAUCUCAGACUCACCUUCUUCCGUACAAUCAAUCUCUUCGCCAAGUUUGGAGCCUAUCCAAUCUUUGUUGUUGAUGGAACUCCGUCGGCUUUGAAAAGCCGGGCGAGGAUAAUGAGGUUUUUCCGUUCUAGUGUAGAUUCUUCGAGUUUACCCUUAACUGAAGAAGGCAUUUCUGUAGAGAGGAACCAGGCAUUUCAGAAAUGUGUUCAAGAGUGUGUGGAACUGAUCGAACUAUUCGGGAUGCCUGUACUAAAAGCAAAAGGCGAGGCUGAAGGACUAUGUGCCCAGUUAAAUAGUGAAGGUCAUGUAGAUGCAUGCAUCACAGCUGAUAGUGAUGCCUUCCUCUUUGGGGCCAAAUGUGUGAUAAAGUGCAUCAAACCCAACUCAAGAGAACCAUUUGAAUGCUACUGUAUAUUGGAUAUAGAAGCUGGUCUGGGGCUGAAGAGGAAACACUUGAUAGCCAUAGCUCUUUUGGUUGGGAAUGACCAUGAUUUAAAUGGUGUACAAGGGGUUGGGCUUGACACAGCUCUCCGUUUUGUCCAAAACUUCAGUGAAGAUGAGAUAUUAAAUAGCUUACAUGAAAUAGGCAAUGGGGAUAUACCACAAUAUCAGAGUGGCAUUGAAUCUGUAGAUGAUGUUGUACCCUAUUUAGAUGAAAGCUCACCAAACACGAUAUCUCAUUGUUCCUUCUGUGGGCAUCCGGGCAGUAAGAGAGUUCAUUCCAAGUUUUCUUGUGAAUAUUGUUGCAAUGGUGAUAGUGAGGGUUGCAUUAAAAAGCCAGAAGGGUUUAAAUGUAAUUGUUCCAAUUGCAUUAAGAAUCAAAGAAAGAAGGAGCAAAAGAAGCUUGAAAUUUGGUGGAUUAAAGUUUGCAACAAGAUUACUAUGGAGUCAGGUUUUCCAAAUGACAAAAUCAUUGAAAUGUAUUUAUGCGAUAAUCAUGGAAACACUAUUGCAACUGAUGGCCCUUCUAUAUCAUGGGAAAGCCCAAAAACUGAAAUGCUGGUUGAUUUCUUGGUUUUUCAUCAGCAUUGGGAACCAUCAUAUAUUCGUCAAAGGAUUCUUCCAAUGCUGUCCACUAUAUAUUUGAGAGAAAUGGUUACAAAUCCAGUGAAAACUUUGCUAUAUGGGCAAUAUGAAUUUCAUUCUGUACAUCGUGUGAAGACAAGAUAUGGACAUCAAUCUUAUGUGGUCAAGUGGAAAAAAGCUGCAUGUGCAAUGGGCAAUGCCAUGUAUGCUGUUUCUGUUGAAGAUUCGGAGUUGCAUCAAGAGUGCAUAGAAGUCAAUGAAUUCAUUGAUCUGUUGGAUGAAUCAAAUAGCCCUCAGAUUUAUGUUGAUGAUGGGUGCUGGUUUUUGCUGACAGAUGAAAAUAUGGAUCUUGUGCAUUCUGCAUUCCCAAAGCAAGUUAAUACAUUUUUGCGAGAAAAGGAAUUGAAAGGACUGAAAAGAAAAGAAGAUUCAAGGUUAGGAUCUGAAGGGUCCAGUAAAAGAGUAGAAUCUCCACACCCAAAGGGUGUACAGCUUAGCAUUACUGAUUUUUAUCGCUCAACCAAAGUACAACUUCAGGCAAAUUCAGGAGAAGAUUUAACCAAGAAUUCCCAUAGUCAGAGUGAUCAGACAUUCAAAGGGAAGAGGAAACAGUCAAGCCCCAACCUUUCCAAGUCUGCAAGGCGCCGCCUUUUAUUUAACUAGGAUGUUCUGAGGUUUCCUCUGACCUCUUUUGAUUUAGAGAUGUUAAAAAAUUGCCCUCAGUCUUUGCAAUGUCUUUUCAUAAGAACAUGAGCCAGAGAUUUUUGUAAUCAAAGUCUAACAUGAUGUAGUAAUGUUUGUUUUUUUUUUUUUUUUCCAGAAAUCUCUGUAUUAAGUCAUUAUCUCUCUUCAUAAGUUGCUGACCUGCUUACUGUAUCUGCACUGAUGCAUCUACUAGUGGUGCAGGAACUGAAGUCUAAAGCUCUAUUUUUCACCAGGUUGAUUUAUGUAGUGAUACUUUGAUUAAAUUCUGUUACAGCCCCUACAUUCAAGGUGUACAGCUAGAGACGUGGGACUGCCACCAGGGGAACAAACCAGGGAGAAAAUGUGGGCUGGCUGAGAUUUUUAAAGAUUCCAAAUGGUGGGGGCAAAUACACGAGGGUUGCUUGGAAUGGAGACUGGAGAAAUUUGUUGGAUUGAUAUAAAAAGGGGACAAAGGAGAGAAAGGGGCCAAGGAAAAACAAAUCGAGAAACUGGUGUGGGCAGUCUUUGGCUGAGGAAGGUCCCAGCUCCUCGAAGAGCUGGUUAUCUUGUUGAUUUAUGUUGUUUUGCUGAUUUCAGUUGUAUUGAGACUCUAUAUUUACUGCUAUCUAUUGUGAAUAUAAUUGCAGUAGAGGAAUUUUCCCUUUUCUGUCA